CUCUCCCUUUCCGUUUCUCCUCCUCCCCCUCUCCUUGGCUUGGCGUCGCGUCUCCUCCAAUCGAUCGAGCUGGUUUCCCCUCCCCCCAAAUCUUAGGGUUAGGGUUUCGUCUAUUCGUUGCCUUCCUCGCCGGAUUAGCGUGUCGGGGAGGUGGUGAGCGGGGUGUGGUUGCGUCGCGGGGUGGGUUGAUGGGAACCGCCGUGGAGGUCGGCCGGAGGCACGGCGGCGACCGCUUCUACGACGCCUCGAGGGCACGCCGGGGGUACCACCACCACGGGCUCCCCAAGGCGAGGUGGGCCCCCGCCGUCCACCAGGAGAAGGCGGCCGAGGAGCCGGAGCCGGAGCCGUCGCCGUCGCCGGCGAGGGCGCCGGUCCCGCCCCCCGGCGUUGUCGCGGGCAACCUCGAGCGGUUCGUGGCCGCCGUGACGCCGUUCGUGCCGGCGCAGUACCCCUCCAAGAGAGCGGCGAAGGGGUGGCGGGGCUGCGGCGUGGAUGCCGAGCGGGAGGCCCCGGCCCCGCACUUCUUCCUCAGAGACGCGUGGGAGUCGUACAGGGAGUGGAGCGCGUACGGUGCCGGUGUGCCGCUCGUCCUCGAUGGACGCGACGGGGUCGUGCAGUAUUACGUGCCGUACUUGUCCGCCAUCCAACUCUACGGAGAUCCUGCAGUCCUGCGGGUGUCUUCUGGCCCUAGCAGGCAUAUGAUGGAUGACAGUGAUGGGGAGUAUCAUGAUUCCAGCAGUGAUACAAGUAGUGAUUAUGAACUUGGAAGAGUAAAACAUUUAACUCAGGAAGGCUUCUUCUCAAGUGAUGAUAGUGAAUCAGGAGAUUUGCAUGGCCGCUUACUCUUUCAGUACCUUGAGUUUGAUUCUCCAUUUUGUCGUGAACCGUUGACUGACAAGAUUUCCAGUCUUUCAGCAAGAUUUCCAGGACUGAGGACUCUUAGAAGCUGUGAUUUAUCACCAAGAAGUUGGAUGUCUGUUGCUUGGUAUCCAAUUUACCGUAUUCCUACUGGCCCAACAUUAAAAGACUUGGAUGCUUGCUUUCUCACCUUCCAUCGCCUAUCAACUGGGCCAGAAGAGGAUCAUGGUGGUGCUGUAAAAUAUUGGGGUCCUGCUACUAAACAUACUAUACCACUAUCUGUUUUUGGUAUGGCUUCUUACAAGUUCAGCAACUCAAUAUGGUCUUCAACUGAUGGAGAUCGGCACCUGGCAAGCUUCUUGCAGCAAGCUGCUUCUGACUGGCUGCGGGAUAGUCGUACCAGCCAUCCAGACUACCAGUUCUUUGCUUCCCGUGGUGCAUACCACAGGUAGUGGCACGGAGUCUACACAAUUUGCAGCAGAAUGUCUUGAAGGUAUCCUGUUGCAAAUACCACAGCUUCCACACAUGCAUGUGGAGUGGAGACACGGUGUGGGCCCCUAUAGUAGGAUGCGGGGUUGCGAACAAUGUUCUGCUUUGUAGAUUGCAGUAAUCGGAGGGUUUGAUCGGCUGUGUUUUUGUGCUUAUAGUCGGUGCUCCUCCUGAGGGAAGUUGAGAUGAAAAAUGGAAAAAAAAAAAGCAAAAAAAGACCGAAGAAAAGGCAGCUAAAAAAGAUCGGCCGUGCUAGUUUGUUGAGCUACGCAUGCAUGUGACAUGUCGGGUGAUGGGAGUUGUUGAGGCUACUUAUGUAAAACUGCAAAUACGGGGGAUGAGUUUUGGUGAUACCCCCCUUAUGUCUGUAAAGAACUUGUGAAGAGCUUUGUCGACACUGCAACUGUUGUGUUUGAAGGGAACUUUGUAGUUACUCCUAGCAGAA